CAUUCAUUCCUUUCAUUUCUUUCCUUCUAUUCCCUCUUCCUUACUUUCCUCCCUUCCUCUUCCGUAAUCCUUUAAAUGGGAGAGAGGGGGAAGGAGGAAUGGAAGGAGAUGCUGGUGUGUGUGUGUGUGUGUGUGUGUGUGUGGUCAGGGAAACGUUCCGGUAUAAACAGGUUUGUAUACGUUCAGUGUGACCAGUUCGUCUUCCUCCUCCUCCUCUUGCUUUUCUUCCUCCCAGGCACCUGUUAAUACUGCUGCUCCUUGGGUUUACUGUCCCUCCUAAUAGUGCCAGGCUGACUAUGGCACCAGCAACUUGCCUUCGAGUCCUUCAGUCAGUAAUUGCGAGUGCCAGCCAAGGGUCAUAUUCUUAAACAUAACGGGCUGCCGGGACGACUAUUUCAUACCUGUCAAGUCUUACGUUUUUUGCGUAAGUCUUAUGUACUUUCGGUAAUUUUCAAGUCUUACGGCGUAAGUUGAAAGUCUUACGUUUACGCUUGGGUGCGGACACACUGACUGCUUUCUUGCAGAUCAAACUGAACUCAUGUUUUUCAUGUGGUCUUCAUACUGUGUCAUGUGUUUACAUUGUGUUUUCAUUCUGCAUUUGUUUUGAAACAAAUAAAUAUUGAAUGACAAAAAAAAUGGUUUUCUUAUGGUUUAAUUACCAUUUUAUACACAAACUUAUGAUCUCUAACGCAAAAUCUUAUGGCAAGACACCACAGUAGCUUGACAGGUAUGUUAUUUCCCAAGGUCGCAAGGUCAUCCGGGUUUUAGCGGGUAUUCCCCCGUUCAGGGUGCAGAAGGUGAGUCAAACUAUCACUUGCAUCACAAAACAGUUCAUGGUAAUCCCAGUAACUUCCACAAGAGACUGCAAAUAGGCGGGGUGCACGGUCAUACAUUUUCCAUUUUCCACGACAUUCUUUCUCCCCUAUCUUCCUUCUUUCCUUCCUAUCCUCCCUUUCUUUCCUUCCUUCCUGCCUGCCUGCCUUCCUUCCUUCCUUUCAUUUCUUCUCCAUUUCCUCCAUUCUUCUUUCCUCCUUCCUUUCUUUUCCUCCAUCUUCCUUCGUCGCUAGUUAUCGCUCAGUGCUAAGGUCAGGUUAGCUUAGGUCAGGUCAGGUCAGGUUAGGUAAGGCUAGGUUAGGCUAUGUACGGUGAGGUCAUGUCCAGUGAGGUCAUGUCCAGUGAGGUUAUGUUCGGUGAGGUUAUGUUCGGUGAGGUUAUGUUCGGUGAGGUUAUGUUCGGUGAGGUUAUGUCCAGUGAGGUUAUGUUCGGUGAGGUUAUGUUCGGUGAGGUUAUGUCCAGUGAGGUUAUGUCCAGUGAGGUUAUGUCCAGUGAGGUUAUGUCCAGUGAGGUUAUGUUCGGUGAGGUUAUGUCCAGUGAGGUUAUGUCCAGUGAGGUUAUGUUCGGUGAGGUUAUGUCCAGUGAGGUUAUGUUCGGUGAGGUUAUGUCCAGUGAGGUUAUGUUCGGUGAGGUUAUGUCCAGUGAGGUUAUGUUCGGUGAGGUUAUGUCCAGUGAGGUUAUGUUCAGUGAGGUUAUGUUCGGUGAGGUUAUGUUCGGUGAGGUUAUGUCCAGUGAGGUUAUGUCCAGUGAGGUUAUGUUCGGUGAGGUUAUGUUCGGUGAGGUUAUGUCCAGUGAGGUUAUGUUCGGUGAGGUUAUGUUCGGUGAGGUUAUGUUCGGUGAGGUUAUGUCCAGUGAGGUUAUGUUCGGUGAGGUUAUGUCCAGUGAGGUUAUGUUCGGUGAGGUUAUGUCCAGUGAGGUUAUGUUCGGUGAGGUUAUGUCCAGUGAGGUUAUGUUCGGUGAGGUUAUGUCCAGUGAGGUUAUGUUCGGUGAGGUUAUGUCCAGUGAGGUUAUGUCCAGUGAGGUUAUGUUCGGUGAGGUUAUGUUCGGUGAGGUUAUGUUCGGUGAGGUUAUGUCCAGUGAGGUUAUGUUCGGUGAGGUUAUGUCCAGUGAGGUUAUGUCCAGUGAGGUUAUGUUCGGUGAGGUUAUGUCCAGUGAGGUUAUGUUAGGUGAGGUUAUGUUCGGUGAGUUUAUCGCAAGUGCAAUUAUGUCAAGUGAGAUAAGUAAUGAGGUUAUGUUUGGUGAGGUUGUCAAAUAAGGUUUUAUAGGAUGAAGUUAUGUCCAGUGAGGUUAUCUUCAGUGAGGUUAUGUCCUUCCUCGUUCGAGCUAUGAUCACACACACGCAACACUCUUUGCUGAUGCUGAAAAGCCACUUUUUAAUUUACUUAUAAAUGCGGUGUUAAUGGACGUGACUAAAGCUUUAUGGACUCUUGAUAACAUUCUAGUCGUUAUCACUCAACUGACUUCCUCUGACAAGCUCCACAGAUGUGCUGCACGUGUGUUGAGAGAGUUUGGACAGCUCUCCUCCCGAAAUUGACCUCUCUUUCGGCCACCUCUUUGGAUUCUUUUUGUGAGCAGCGAGUAGCGGGCUUUUUUUUAUUAUUAUUAUUGUUU